AAAGUGACUGUGUUUUCAAAAAAAUAUCUUUCUUAGUAAAAGUGUAAUAAAGCGAACAAUUUUUGAUUUUCCAUAAAAAAUAAAGAGUGCUGUGUUAUGAAUUUAACAUUUUCGUUUUUUUAACCAAGUUUUUAAAAAAUAUAUCAGAGAAAUUGAUUGAAAAUUGUGUAUUUUGUGAUUUAAAAUGGUUUUGAAAUGUGUUGUUGUGUUGUUUAUGUUUGUUUGCAUUGCAAGGUCAUUGAAAAGAGGUGAUCCUUGCCAAUUCAACAAUACAGCCGGCAUUUGCAAAUCUAUCAAUGACUGCCCGUUUGCGAGAAAAAUACUUUAUGAAGACGAGAGGAAACCUCCUAUGUGCAAAUGGGAGGAUGACCUGAGGAUCGUCUGCUGCCCCACCAGGGACGUGUUCCACCGGACUGGCAUCUUCAAGGAGUACUUCUUCGAUUCCAACCACGGCAUCAAGCGGUCCAAGGAUAUGACUUGUCGCUACAACGGCGCGCAGCCUCUGCUCUGCUGCAGGAAGACGACAGAUCCUGAAAAGUCUCCUGAGCCGAGCGGCUGUCCCGAACUCAGCAGGCCUUUGUUGAACACGGAUGAACAGCAUUAUGCUUGGAUGAAAUGUCUAGACUACCAGCAGUACUUCAACAAAUGCGUGUCGAAGGUCAACAACCCUCACGAAUAUACCAGAGUGGACACGUGCGGGAGGGACACCUUCCGCAUCGCGGGAGGCGCCGAGGCCAAUCCUAUGGAGUUCCCGCAUAUGGCAGUGCUGGGAUGUCGUAACGUGGUUCCCACUGAGGAGGACGUGGUUUGGAUCGGUGGGGGUUCUUUAAUCAGCGAAAAAUAUAUACUGACGGCCGCUCAUGUACUGAUGUCUCCUACGCAUGGCGUCAUAAAGUUCGCACUGCUGGGAACAGUCAACAAGACAGACACGCGAAAUGGCGCCCUGUACAACAUAGUGCGAAGAAUCCCCUACCCCACCUACCAGGCCAGUUCGCUGAACUAUGAUAUAGCACUCGUCGAACUGGAGAGACGCGUACGUUUCUCGGAGUUCAUCCGUCCAGCCUGCCUGCCAGUUCCCGGGAGAGAGAUUGAGAGUGACAGGAUCAUCGCUGGGUGGGGGGAGACUGGGUUCCGGGCACGCUCUGAACUACUGCUGACGGCAAAAUUAUUAGAGGACAGAUAUCUAUGCACGAACAAGUUCGAAGGAAAGAACUUCGUGUGGAAUGACGAAGCCAUGAUAUGCGCAGUGGGAACCAAGGCCACCACGAAGCAUCAUCACGCUGACUCUUGCAAGGGCGACAGUGGCGGACCCCUAAUGGCGUUAAUGAAGAACAUAAAAUGCAGUUACUCAAUAGAAGGCAUCGUAUCCAGGGGUCCCCGGGACUGUGGCCAAGGGUACCCCGGAGUUUACACCCGGGUCACGCAUUACCUACCCUGGAUUUUGGAUAACGUUUGGCCCGAAUUGCAACGAAAAAAUGGAGAAAAUACUUUUCAGAUUUUCAAGAAAUAGCUUACAAUUGGGAAAAUUCUGGAAAACUGAUCUAACCUAGAUCUCAUCAUUGUUUUCCAUCAGAUAUGACUGUGAAAGAAACAUUUUUCUUAAUUAAGUUCCUAGAAAAUUUUGGGAAAUAAGGGCCUGUUUCACAACCGUAAGCUCUGCUUUAUGUAACGAAUAAAUGGAACAUUUUGACAGAUUACCAAUACAACUAUCAAACUGUAAAACUGUUCGUUAGUUAAAAUUUAUCUGGCGGUUGUGAAUAACAGGCCCUUAUAGAUUGAAAAAUCGCCCCUUAAUUAAGAAAAGUUCAGAAGUUGAGUUUUCUGUAUUAGGAAAAUUAUGGAAAUUAGUUUUCUAUAUUGGGAAAAUUUUGGAAAAUAAAACUAAUUAAUACUGAA